AUGUCCACCACCACAACCACCACCAUCACCUCCCUCCCAGCCCCAGCCCCAUCCCCAACCCCUAACACCACCACCAAAGGCCAAAACCGAAUGCUCCUCGACGGCCAACCCACCAACUACGGCGACUUCCGCGACGACCUCAACCGCGACGGCUACGCCGUAAUCAAGGGGGCGAUUCCCCUUGACCGAGCCAAAUCCUACGCUGAUGCAUUUUACACAUACAUGGAGGAUUUUAAACUGGGCUACACCCGCACGAACCCCCAAACCGUCCGCCGGGGCCAACUCCCCGUGAUGAACGAAAAAGGAAUGAUACUUGAUUACGGGGUGACGCACGAACAAUGGGUCUGGGACAUCCGGGGUGAAGAGGGGGUGGUGGAUGCUUUUGCGAGGGUUUAUGAUGAUGAGGAUUUGAUUGUUUCGUUUGAUGUGGUUAAUGUGGGGUUUGCUAAUCGCGAGGAUAUGCCGGAGAAUAAACCCUGGCCACACCAAGACCAAGACCCCUCCAAACCCGGGUUCAGAUGCCUCCAAGGCCUCAUAAACCUCAACCCCAACGGUCCCCACGACGGCGGCCUAAUCGUCUGCAAAGGCGGGCACGCCCUCUCCAGCCAAUUCCAUCACGAAAUGGCCCACGAGGAACGAAUCCCCGCCUGGACCCCCGAAUGGUACGGAUACACGUCCGCGGGCAUGGACUGGCUUGCUUCGCACGGAUUGAAAUGGGAGAAGGUUUGUGCGGGGCCCGGGGAUCUGAUUGUUUGGGAUAGUCGCACGCCGCAUUAUAAUGUUGCGCCGACGGGGGAGGUGGAUCGGUUGGCGGUUUAUGCGUGUUUUAUGCCGGUUAGGGAGGUGGGGAGGGGGGAGUUGGUGAGGAAGAGGGAUGCGUAUGAACGUCGUCUUGGAACUACGCAUUGGCCGAAUGCGAAACACGUCUCGAAGAGUAAUAUUGCUAUGAGGGAUGGGAAGCCUUGUCCUGUUGCUAGGGAGAGGCCGGUGGAGGAGCCGGUGUUGAGUGAGAGGGUUUUUAGGUUGACGGGGAUUCCGUAUUUGGAGGAAAUGGAGAGGGGGAAGGAGGUGUAG